AUGGCAUUUGACUUUAAUAACCUUGGCGUUUGACAGUAUUUGUUUGUCAUUGCGGAUUUCAUUUUCCUUUUAAAUUAUUUUUGACACCGAGAAAUGCAUUCGCUUUUUAGGAAAACAAUUCUAGGCUUAUCGCCUCAAACGUAUUUAAAAAACGGAACCGCAUUACUACAUACGAGCAACAAUAAUAGUGCAAAAUGGUUUCCCGAUGAGGAUUAUUUCCAACAGUUUAAAGGGCCCGUAAUGUAUCCAGAUGAAGUCACAAAAAACUGGGCUAUGCAGCCGUGGAGUGGUAAGAAAGCACCUACAGAAAAGGCAGUAAAAAAUAUAACGAUUAACUUUGGGCCUCAGCACCCAGCUGCUCACGGUGUAUUACGUUUAGUAUUGGAACUUGAUGGUGAGGUUGUGAGGCGUUCAGACCCUCAUAUCGGCUUACUACACAGAGGCACAGAAAAAUUAAUCGAGUAUAAAACAUAUACACAGGCCUUACCUUAUUUUGAUCGUUUAGAUUAUGUAUCCAUGAUGUGUAAUGAACAAUGCUACAGUUUAGCCAUUGAAAAACUGUUAAAUAUUGAUGUGCCAUUAAGGGCUAAGUAUAUAAGAGUUCUUUUUGGUGAAAUUACGAGAAUUUUAAACCAUAUUAUGGGUAUUUGUACUCAUGCCCUUGAUAUUGGUGCACUCACACCUUUCUUCUGGCUUUUCGAGGAACGAGAAAAACUAAUGGAGUUUUAUGAAAGAGUUUCUGGUGCUCGUAUGCAUGCAGCCUAUGUCCGGCCUGGUGGAGUAGCCCUUGAUCUGCCGUUGGGCUUGCUGGAUGAUAUUUAUGAAUUUGCCAAUAAAUUUAAUGAAAGGUUAGAUGAAGUAGAGGAUCUUUUGACAAAUAACAGAUUAUGGAUUCAGAGGACUGAAGAUAUUGGUGUUGUGUCUGCAGAGGAUGCUCUGAAUUAUGGAUUUAGUGGUGUCAUGUUACGUGGAUCGGGUAUAAAAUGGGACUUGCGAAAAUCCCAACCUUACGAUGCCUAUGAUCUGGUUGAAUUUGAUAUUCCUAUUGGUACCAAGGGUGACUGUUACGACCGGUAUUUAUGUCGUGUAGAAGAAAUGAGACAAUCGCUGAGAAUUAUCCAUCAGUGCUUGAACCAAAUGCCAGCAGGCGAAAUCAAAACGGAUGAUGCGAAAUUGACACCACCCAGCAGAGCAGAAAUGAAGACAUCUAUGGAAGCGCUUAUUCACCAUUUCAAGUUGUUCACUCAAGGUUACCAAGUUCCUCCUGGUUCCACAUACACUGCAAUAGAAGCUCCCAAGGGUGAAUUUGGUGUUUAUUUAGUUUCUGAUGGAAGCUCGAAACCUUACAGGUGCAAGAUCAAGGCUCCAGGAUUCGCCCAUUUGGCUGCUUUGGAUAAAAUUGGCAAGAAUCACAUGCUUGCCGAUAUUGUAGCUAUUAUUGGUACACUCGAUAUUGUGUUCGGCGAAGUUGAUCGAUAAAUCGAUACACUUAGAUUAUUGUUAUUACGAAUUAAAGAAACGAACACGUUUUGUUGGAUUUUGUCAGAUUUCCGGUGACAUGUUUAAUUAUUUUUAUUUGUUGAAAAAUAUAGGCAAUUCUAAAAAUAUAUCUUAAGGAAGAUUCACAGCAAAGCGUGUAUUAUAAGUAUUUAUAAAUAAAAAAACACUGAAGUAAAAUACAAGGUAUUAAAAAUA